AUGUGCCAGAACGUCUUCUACACCUACUCGUGCGGCCAUAUCGAGUGCGUCACCUACCGCUGUCUCAAGUGCAAGGAUGCCUCCAAGUCCAUCUGCAUGCAUCGACAAGAGCCCCAGUACACGACCCUCAAGGACCAGGUGUGUCACGACUGCAACGAGAUGAGCAAAAAGUGUCGCCAGCGUGCCCGAGCUCGGCAAGAGCAGUACCUGCAGGAACAGACCGAGGCUCAGCUUCAGGCUGAAGUUCAGGCUCGAGGCCAUCUAUCUGAGGCCCAGAUCUCUGUAUAUGAGCAGGAAUUCUUCGAUUCUCAACAUCAGUACCUCGAGUCUCAGCAAAACCAGCGGGCUCAACAAGCUCAGCAGUCACAGACUCGCCAGGAUCCAGAGUCAACUUCUCCUGACGGCAAGACUAUACGUCCACUCGAAUCAAACAAGCUGGGCAACAUGAAGUUCCAUGACGAGGGAGCUGCGCUGGGCUUGCCGCCCCACGGCCUGUACCAGUUCUACACAGGUCAGUAA